ACUUGUGCCAAGUUUAGUUGCAAAAAUGCAGGCAUUGCGAGUUCUCAUCGGUCUGCUUGUGGCCGGAGUGUUGGGAAAGGAUCUGCAGGAGUGCGAGGACCUGGGAAAAGGCAGCCAUCUCUGUCGGGAAAUCGAAAGCUUUGAGCAACUGAGUCGUUACGUUGGGGAAAACUGGCGCAGUGUAAAGGUAGUGAACGAGCACACAGGCAUUGAAAAUGCAGAAGAUGGCGAGUUGCAGGGUCUCUCCAGUCUGCUGCACUUGGAUUUAUCUGAAUCCGGGGGCGUUACACUGGGAGAAAGGGGACUGCAGGACUUUGGGGCUCUGCAGGCACUGAAUCUCACCCACUGUCAACUGGAGGAGCUGCAGUCGCAGAAUUUUCCCAAUAAUUCUCAACUAACCAGUCUGGAUGUGAGCUACAAUGACAUACAGAUAAUCACGGCCAAAGUGAUGAGCGGAUUGGCCAACUUGGAGUAUGCCAACUUUUCCAACAACCUGAUAGCAGAGAUAGAACCCAAUGCCUUUAAGGAUCUCAAGAAACUGAGAUUUCUGGAUCUGACCACAAAUGAGCAGGAGAACGUGACUCUGGGCGAGAAUGCCAACUUGCGCUACCUGUCCAUAAGUAACAACAAUGUGAGAGAUUUUCAAUGGUGUCGCCUGCGUGGAUUGCCCAAGUUGGAGGAACUGCACCUGCACAGCAACUGGCUGGAGAACCUGGAAAUGGGCGUGUUCUACGCCUUGCCAAAACUGAGGGUCUUGAAUGUUUCCAACAACAACUUGUAUGAGAUCAAGCGAACGCUUUUCUUGGCCCCCGGCGAAGUGGCACCAUUGGAGCUGCUCGAUUACAGCUCAAACAAUGUCAAAGUUCUAGAGGAUUCGGUAUUUUGCAAGCUCGGCAACUUGAAGACCCUCAAUCUGUGGCUCAAUCAGAUCAAACGGAUCCAUCCGAGGGCUUUUCUUGGACUUGCAUCCUUGGAAUCCCUGCAACUGCAGGGCAAUAAAAUCUCGAUUCUGCCCGAAGAAGUGUUUGCCAAUCUCACGGCCUUGCAGAAAUUGGAUUUGAGUAGGAAUAAUAUCAAAAAGUUGGGUAUGCAGGUUUUUGGGGCAACUAUUCUGCGUAAGCUAACCUACUUGGAUUUGAGUAACAACUUCAUUGCGGAGCUGCAUCCUCUGGCGCUUUCUUCGUUACCCUUUAUCAAGGAACUAAGGAUGAGGAGAAAUAAGUUAAUUAGCCUGGAUCUGCGUAUGUUUGCACCUCUGAGACGAUUGCAAUGGCUGACGAUCGGUGAAAAUCGACUCGAGGAGCUUGAGUCCGAAAAUCUGGACACCUUUGAGAAACUCACCCACUUGGAAAUCAAUAACAAUCGACUCACCUUUCUGCCGGAUCUGAAGUCAUCCGAAGGUCUUCAGAACUUGGGGCACAUCAGUCUGGAGGGAAAUCCUUGGCAGUGUCUGUGUCUGGACGAGAUCACCGCCUGGUUGAAUGGCCAUCAGGUGGCUUACGCUCGACCCAGCAGCGCCUAUUUCAGUGGCAAGAAACCCCUCUGCGUGGUCACGCCCAUGGAAAAAUGCCUGCGUCUCAUCGAUGAGGUGAGGGCUCAGGGAAUCGUCGAAAGCUACGAGAAGAUAUAGACUUUAUAGAUAUAAGCAUUUUGGAUUUACCCUUCUUAAGCCAGGGUUUCAGUUCUACACACGUUUUCUUAAGAGGAUCAUGACACUUACUCCUUUUAAAUAAAUAUAAUUAAAGUCUUAUUUAAUAUUAAA